AUGAAAUUCACCUACAUCCUCACUUUCGCUCUCGCCAUUACUGCUGGCAACAUCAAUGCGGUACCAGUCAGCACUGGAAAUUCCAUCCCCAUCAAAAAGAAUGAGCUUAGCGACAAGUUAACUUGGAAAGAGAAAUAUGCCAUCCAUUCGAAAGUCGCGUUUCUUAAAUUCAAAGACUAUACUGAAUCGCUAGUUAAGAAAGGAACAGCUGGUAUCACCAAUGAAGAGUUCCAGAAUUUAGUCGAACAGUUUAGUAAGCCAAUUUUCGCCGCCACCACCGAUAGGAUUCCCGAAGGAAGUCAACAAACAAACGGAACAGCUAGCGGUGGAGCGCCUAACAAUGGAACCACUGGUAAUGGCAACGAACCUCUUACCGACGAAGGAAACGACAUUGGUUACUUUGGACCAAUUGACAUUGGUGGACAGACAUUCAACGUCAUCUUCGAUACCGGUUCGUCUGACCUAUGGGUGCCCGGUCCGAAAUGUAAAGACGCUGCCUGCACACAGCACACACCAUUCGACCCCACCAAGUCGAACACUUUCUCGACUAACAAUCAACCAUUCCAGAUUCGAUACGGUACUGGUUCAGUUGCUGGUGUUAUUGCCACCGAUGAUGUCACGGUUGCCGGUUUCACCGCCAAAAAACAAACGUUUGGUCUCACCACCACUGAGUCUCAAGACUUUGCCAAUUCGCCGUUCGAUGGUAUCAUGG